AUGACACCUGUGCGCGCUGUGAAGCGCAAGAAGCUCCCGUCUGACACCAGCUCUAGUGAAGAGGAUAAGCCGCUAUCGUCUUCGCCUGCGAAGCCUCGUCGCCGGGCGCGUACAAAUGGCGCGCGCGCUAUCAACGGGAAGAAGAAGUCUGUUGAGACCGACGACGAUGACGAUGACGCGCCGAUUACGAAGAGCAAGCGCGCUACGACUACUUAUGGCAAAGCUGCCAGCAAGCCGGCCAAAAAGAAAGUCAAGCAGGAAGAAGAUGCGGAUUACCCUCCCGGCUCGGAAUCCGACAAAAACCCUAUUACCAAGAAAGCUCCUCGUAGAGUCAAACGCAAGCUCAAGUCGGACGGUGAUGACAAUGGGGAGAGCUCGUCCGACGACGAGAAGCCAAUCACCAAGGCGAAGAAAGCCCCGACGAAGCGGGUCCGGAAAGAGAAGGCAAGUUCGGCAGCAUCUACUCGCAAGCCGAAUGGCAAGGUGAAGAGUGAAGAGCCAGAGCCGUCUCCGAAAAGGGGGAAGAAAAAGAAAGAGGGGGAAGAGGACGUCUUCCGGUGGUGGGAGCAGGAUCCGAACGGGGACGGUACUGUGAAAUGGCAGACCUUAGAGCACAACGGCGUCUACUUCCCUCCUCCUUAUGAACCUUUGCCUCGUCAUGUAAAAAUGAGGUACAACGGCAAAACGCUCGACCUUCCCCUUGAGUCGGAAGAGGUUGCGGGGUUCUACGCAGCAAUGCUGGAGACGGAGCAUGCAAAGGACGCAACCUUCAACAAGAACUUCUUCAGUGAUUGGAUCAAGGUGUUGAAGAAGCACCCUCCUCGUGACGGAACUAAGGUCACCGAGUUCAAUCUGUGUGACUUCCGCCCGAUGUAUGAGUUCUUCGAAGAGGAGAAAGCAAGGAAGAAGUCAAUGACUGCUGCUGAGAAAAAAGAGGCGAAGGCAACUAAAGACGCUCUCGAGGCACCGUAUACGCACUGCGUCCUUGAUGCACGUAAGGAGAAGGUGGGCAACUUUCGAGUGGAACCACCCGGCCUCUUCAGAGGUCGUGGUGACCACCCGAAGAAGGGUGCGCUGAAGCUGCGCGUGCGACCUGAAGAUAUCACGAUUAACAUCGGCGAGGGCGUUCCCAUUCCUAAGCCCAAUGUCCCGGGCCAGUGGAAGGAGGUGAUGCACGACAACACGGUCACCUGGCUGGCAACGUGGACUGAGAAUGUCAACGGCAACCAUAAGUACGUCUUCUUGGCAGCAGGCAGCUCUAUCAAGGGCCAGAGCGAUAUGCAGAAGUUCGAGAAGGCGCGAGAGCUGAAGCAAUUUGUCGAUCGUAUACGGCAAGAUUACAACGUCGAUCUGAAGAGCAAGGUCAUGGCCGAUCGACAAAGAGCGACUGCGAUGUACUUCAUCGAUCGCCUCGCUCUUCGAGCUGGAAACGAGAAGGGUGAGGAUGAGGCGGAUACCGUUGGUUGUUGCUCUCUCCGGUGCGAGCACGUCACACUGCUGCCACCGAACCAGCUCGUCUUCGACUUCCUGGGUAAGGACUCCAUCCGCUACUACAACCAAGUCACCGUCGAGGACCAAGUAUUCAAGAACAUACGAAUCUUCAAGGAUGGCAAGGACGACAAUGAUGGGUUGUUCGAUCGCGUUAACACAAGCAGCUUGAAUAAGCAUUUGGCCUCAUAUAUGAAGGGCCUGACUGCGAAGGUCUUCCGAACAUACAAUGCCUCGAUCACGUUCCAGCAACAGUUGGACCAGGGAAUCUCGGAUAAAAAGACAGUCCAGGAGAAGCUCAAUGCAUACAACCAUGCGAACCGCAUGGUGGCUAUUCUCUGCAAUCAUCAAAGGGCUGUCCCGAAGACGCACGAGCAAUCAAUGGGCAAGAUGAAGGAUAAGUUGCGUGGCAUGAAGUACGAACGCAUGAAGUUGCGGCACGCUAUGUUCGCCAUCGACUCCAAGUACAAGAAGAAGGCGAAGUAUGCGCAAGACGAGUCUGACCUCGAUGACGAUGCGAUCGCCGAGCAUGAGGAGCAGGCAAAGGCGAAGGAACUAGAGCGCGUCGAAAAGAAGUUCGCGAAAGACAAUGAGAAGCUCGUCGAAGAGGGUAAGCAGCCACAAGAUGAGUCUGUCCUGAAGACGAAGCGCAAAGAGGUUGAGGAUGAGUUCAAGAUACUGAAGAAAGAGCGUGGGACCGGGAAGGCUGUGUUGAAGAGGGACCGGCCUUUAGAGAAGAUAGAAGAGGCUAUAGAGAAGCUAGAUGAGAAGGUAAAGACGUUCAAGCUGCAGAUGGAGGAUCGGGAAGCCGGUAAGGAAGUUGCGUUAGGCACGAGUAAGAUCAACUACCUAGAUCCGAGAAUCACGGCCGCAUGGUGCAAAACGCACGGCGUUCCCAUAGAGAAGAUCUUCUCUAAGACUCUCCUGACGAAAUUCCCCUGGGCUAUGGAAGUUGAAUCGGACUGGAAGUUCUAA